UGUAUGAAAUCAUUUAUAUUCAAUAGGAAUAUCUAAAGCAGAUAGUUGACUACAAUCUAUUUAGAUUUAUUACCUGAAUGUUAUGCAAAUGUUCGUCAGGUUUAUGAAAGGACCCGAAGAGCUGUGCAGUUUUACACUCAAAAGGAUUGGAAACUUAAUACAUAAUGGAAAAUCAUAUUAUUUACAGAUGACUAGUGAAUAUUAGAAGUCAAUUAUCAAAUGCAUUAGGGAGAUACAGCGCAUGAUGCAGGUGGGCUUUACAAAACGUAUAAAAGGAAAGUACAAUCCAUUGUGAUAAUUCACUUCAAAAUAGCAUUCUUGUUGAAAUCAGCCUAAGAUUAAUAUGAAUACGUCUGUACUCGAAUCGUUACCAAACUACAUUACAUAUAGAAGAAUGACACGCAUUUAUCCACCAAUUCUCGCCACGUUUGGAAUAUGUGGCAAUGUUCUUUCUGUGUUAGUUUUAAGAAGACGAGCAAUUACAUCAACCGGGCUACUGCUGAUUGCCUUGGCAGUAACAGAUACACUGGUAUUGUCAGUUUGUCUACUUACGAAAUGGGGAUUUUCUUUGAAGAAUGAGAAGUUCAGACAUAUCACAGAAGGUGUCUGCAAAGCUGAUGUAUUUUUCACAUAUCUUCUCAUCCAGCUGUCCCCAUGGAUUCUGGUCCUUGUUACAGUUGAAAGGACAUACUGUGUUCUGAAGCCACAUAGUGUGAAAGAGGUCUUCACCAGAAAGAGAACGUCAGCUGCUCUGGUGACACUCAUAGCUAUACUAGUUGCAUUCAAUGCUCAUUUUCUUGUAGGAUACGAGCAUGUUUAUUAUCAAGAAGACUUAUUUGAAUGUGCUGCUAAUAGCGAGUCUUACCGUAACUUUAUGUUCAACGUCUGGGGAUGGAUAGACCUUUCACUUGCAUUUGCUCUACCAUUAUGUGUGUUUGUAAUUGGAAACAUUAUAAUUGUAUUCAAACUACGUUCUAGUCGAAAAUUUAGAUCACUCAGUAUUUAUUCAAACUCGAGCAACACGUAUGUAAGAAGAAACCGCCUAUCGGCAACGGACGCGGUUUCACAGUGGACAAGGACCACUUUUGUGCUCAACGUUGCAUUCGUCUUGUUAGUCCUGCCGUCUGUAACAUUUCAAAUAGGACAGGUUUAUUGGUACCCUGAAGAAGAAAAGACAAUCGAGAAGUACGCGGAGUUAUUACUUUUCUCCGGAAUUGUCCAUAUGUUGAUGUACAUGAAUAACGCUAUAAACUUUGUGCUUUAUAUCAUGUUUGGUUCGAAGUUUAGAUCUGACCUUAAAAUGUUAGUUUGCUGCAGAAAGUUAACGCUUCGUCCCCGUCCUGCCUCUGUUUGGAGGACAAGCUCCGCGUCCACCUAUGUCAACUCAUGUUCAGUUGCUUCAGGGGAUGAACAAAGUGAUUCUGUGAAUUGUACAACCACCACUGGACUCUAGUUCCUACACGACAAGAACAAAUGGGCGUCACCACCAGUUUUGAUUUAAGAUGAGGAACGUGAUUAUUGGCGUAUGUCUAAUGCUGAAUUUUGUCAAUGAUUUAGAUGAGAAGGACAGCUAUAAUAUGUGCUGUUGUUUUUUUUUCAAAUGUAAUAUACGAUUCAAGUGUAGCU